UCUCGCACUGGGGUUAUAUAGCAGUCAACCCUACCGUACCGUCAUCAAGGUAUAAAACGGCUGAAAGCACAAUAGUCACUGGGAGCGCGACAAUUCACCAUAGUAAGCCGACCGUGAAGACAGCCAUCUAAUUUUUUUCUCCCCCAUCGAAUGCCACGUAGUGUAGAGGCUUUCGAAUCGCCAUAACGAAGUAUGUACACACGGUGGGGCGCGCAGUCAGAAUCAAUAGCUCUUAACAUGGAAGUAUGAGUGGACAGUGCAGCUGCCAAUGUGAAGACCGCAUCCUCUCACAACCACACAUGGAACCCCUUACCUCUGAGUGUACCGCCCCGUUUGAAAUCUGGACAACCUACUCCAACUGCUACACGAUUCCAGAAUUGCAGGCUUUCGUCACAAUUCUAGUCUGAAUUGUGGUAUGUCGACAGCAUAAGGAAAGAAUAACCCUCCGACAUAGCAUCGCCAUUAUUGCUCGCCUCGUGUCGGAGAUCAAGACGCCGGACCGCUUGGGAUGAUCGAGGAAACGUAGACUAUACGCUUGAAAAUAGAGCUUCAUAAUGGCGGGCCUUUUGGGUCGAAAGGGAAAAAAGAAGGCCCAGUUGGAAUUGAACAACGAACUGCCGUUCUUCGACGUGCACUACUUGGGCCGAAGCCUGACCAAGACCAAGAUGGGUCGGGAGUGUACCAAGAACGUGGUGGAAGACCUGGUCAAGAAGGCUCACGGCCGGGAACUCCAGACGGUCAGUUUGACCAUCUCCAGCCGCGGGAUAUGGGUCACCGAGAAGUCCGGCCAGGGUAACGGGCGAGAGACCUUCAUUCCGAUCUACUCAGUGACGUACGGUGCCGCAGACAAAAAGUACCAGAACGUCUUUACUAUUGUGACGACUUACCGUCCCAAUGGUGCGAUCAACAAGUCGAACAGGCAGGAUAAGGACAGUGGGGGCAGCGGUAGCGGUGACGGUAGCGCGACCGGCAGCGCGAACGGCAGCAACUGCAGCGGCGCCCCGGUGAACUGUAAGGGGAACAACGUGGAGGACUUCAAGGCACUGAAGUCCGUGAAGGCGUCCUCCUCAGAGGUGUUCGUGUGCCACGCUUUCCUCUGCCGCGACCCCGUUCUCGCCCGUGCCAUGGUAGUCUACCUGCUCAAAGCCUUCAGGGUGGCCUUCGAGUCGUGGAGCCGGUGCAUCAAGAGCGAGAGACUGCGGGAGAGGAUCAAGGCUGGACCGGGCGUAACCGGGGCAUCGGAGCAGGGGAAGAGCGGGCAAGCGGGGAGGAAAAACUCCCACCACGAGCUACUGACUGUGGAGCCCCUGGCCAAGCCGCCAGAAGAAACAGCACCCCUGGUGGACAAAGUGGCCGCAUGGAUGGACAAGUGGUUCCACUUUGGGAACAACAAGAAGCACAGCGAGAUCUUUUCCUCGGAGGAGCCGUCAUCCGACCCGUCGGAGUUCGAGGAGUUCUCUAAGAGAAUGAUGGAGUUCUCUGACCCGACCCUGCUGAACUUUGACGUCGACAUUGAAGCAGAACUGAAGGACGUCGAAGUCUGCAGUGCCUUAAGUGAAGUUGUAAACCGGGAGCCUCCGGUUAGCUCAUCCGCAGCUGGUUCGGGUGGAGUGGUGGUUUGAAACAAAACUGAAAGGCUGCACUGACAUCAGAUUUCUGAUGUUUCGAGGCUGGUGAGUAAAAAAGGGUUCGUCAGUCAUUCUUUUAGCACAUCAAAACGCUCGUGCCACCAUCUCAGAUAAAUGAUCCCGCAGGAACUUAGUACAAGAAGCUUCAAUAUGAAGAGUGACCAGGGAAAUGUUUCAUAUUACUAGAAAAGACUUUAGGAACUGGAAGGAUACUAUCUUUUUAAUUGAUUAAAUCAGUAUUCGCAGAUUUUGUCAGUUUCUUAUCAAUCUGGUUGUAGUGGGUAUGAUCGAUAACAGAGCACUAAAACAAUUAGAAAAAGGAUAGAUUUAUUGAAACAAGAUCAUGUGAUGAUUGAUUAAAGAAGGACGGCUUAGUUAACUGAGAACAAGAUUUCGCUGAUUCUUGAUGAUUUUGUUUCUCAACCUGCUUGAACGUUUUUAAAACGUACGUUUUACCUCUUCAUGGGGUUCAAAAAGUAACCUACCACGAAAUAAGUCUGAUGCUUCAGUGUUUGAAAUAUAUGUUGGUAAAAGUCAACGGAAGAAUGAAUGAAGUCCGUUUUCUUUUUAGAAAAACCGCAUUGAAAGCUGCGUAAUACAAAAGUAACAGAAGGGCUCAACUUCAAAAAUAAAGAGUUGAAGUAAAACUGUACUCACAGUGCGUUCGAUUUAUUUCCUGAGAUUUUUUGUAUUAAUAACCCUACUUUUGCUAUAAUAUACUAACUGCGUUUAUUUCCUGUGCUUAUGAUUUAAAUCUGUGCCACAUUUUAUACGUCGAAAUACUCUUGAAAGUAUUUUCGAAGCUUCAAAUGAUGUGUGUCAUCUGUAAAUAUUUAACAGUGUGGAACCUGAACUUGUCUGUUAAUAUCUCAAAUAUCAAUCAAAUAUAUUUGUCUAGUAUUAAUCAUUAUUGUAUUUCAAAAUGCAGUUACAUUUGUGUAAACAGCUAAUGAGAGUAUUAUUGUUAUUUACUCCUAUUUAUUGACAGCUAGCUGCAUGUUAUUUGACUUGAGGUUGUAUGUAUAUAGCACGGACAAUUUAUCAUUUCUUUUCCAAUGGUUGCUGUUCACCUUUGUGACAAAAGUGUGUUGUCAAAAUAACAAGCAAUUAUCAUCGGCUUAAUAUGAUGAAAUUUGCGAUUAUACGUUAUACAAGUGUGUGAUAUACUCACACGCAGCGGACUCGAUCACUGUGAAAGGUAACUGCGAGCCGUUGAUAACCCGUUCUUAAUUUAAGACUGGAAAGGACAUCGCGCUUUGCGCAAAAAAUACGCAGCCGAAGCUUCAGGAGUGGAUCGAGACGUGCACUGCAUGUACAGUGUAACUUCACUUUAUUUGGUGAUUAUUUUAAAUCUAAAGGAAAGUAAAGCUUCCCCGCAUUUGCCGCAACUAAUGGGCCAUUUUCCUUAUUUUUUCAUAUCCCUUCUCUGUCAGCGCGUUUUUCUUUGACUUUAACAAGCUAACAUUGAAAGACGGGCUAUUGCACCAAAUCCUUUCAUAUGCUAGAAAAGUUGGCUACAGAAUUGACAUUAAAGAACAAGGUAAAAAGUAGUGCCUAAAGCUCUUCAAAAGCUGCUGUAAGACAAAGGCCUACAUGUAUGUUGUAAAUUAACGUCUCGAUACCCCUCUGAAGCGCAGCGCAUGCGCACCGCCAUUGUUGGCGCGUGGUCGGCCUUAUCAGCGCAGCCCCAUCUGACUCGCAAGUACUGCUGGACAUGUUAAUAUACAUCCGCGUGCUUUGUUCUCGAAUGCUUUAGGUUUUGAAACGCCGGACUAGCUUAUGGUGUUGAAAUGUGAGGGCAUAUUAAAUCAGAUCAUUGCAAAUUUAAUGACCGGCAGUUUUCUCGCCUUCAAUAUUUGUAACAUGUAUGUAUAGAAAACGCGUCUUAUUUUUUCAAAUAAUAUUGAUACAUUUUUGAAUUUUUAGUAAUUUUCACUUUUCUCUAAAAGUUCAUUUUAAAACAAAUUUAUUAUUCAGAAUAAAGCCUUGAUAUAUUCAUUGAAACCAA